UGAGCACAGCCAAGCCUCUAGUCGAUUGGAAUUGAUUCAGUUAAUUUUGAUUGCUUUCUUGAGACGGAACGAAUUACGGUGUUCCUCGGAAGUGCAACACCAGCAGUGGAAUAGAGAAUUUGAAUUUGUAGAGUGAAACGUGGAAGUUAAAUUGAGGAUUGCAUAAAACUACACUAACGGUCGACUGUCAGGUGCCGGAGAUUGAAUAUUGGGUUGAAAAGGGAUACUUUUAGUGAAGUGUGUAUUGUUUCGGGAUGCACAAAUUAUCCUUCACGGUAAAGUGCUGAUGGGUUGAUCGGAAUUUUGAGGAAAAGUUUCCGCACAGUGAACCAUGAUGAAGAAUAAAGAAAAUACUAUGCCAUAUUUCUCUGAAUCAUCGGAUGAUGAUGACGAUGAUGAUGAGAAGACUCUUCUGAUUCGAAAGGUCCAGCAGGACAACAAGCUCUGGGACUCGUUCCAGGAUCCGCCGGUUCAGCAAACGUCCGGGUCGGCUGCAGACCGAGAAUAUCUGGACGUGUUCAUCAAGGGUCUCAAAGUGUUCACCUACAUCUUUGUGUUUCUGGUCACCCUGGCAGCGGCCGCCUUCUCCAAGCUGUCCUUCCUGCUGAUGGCGUCCAACAUCAAGAAUGGGACCAAGCAUCGGUACUGCGACGUGCGAAAUCCAGACAAACAGUACGAAGCGUUCGUCCCGACCGAGCAGCGAGUAGCCUGGAUGUGGGCGAUCAUUUUCGCCUUUGCCGUCCCUGAGGUCGGUGCCUUGAUCCGGGCAUCUAGGAUAUGUUUCUUCAAAAACGUUCCACGCCCCUCCUGGGCCCAGCUGGCUCUAGUGGCCCUGAUGGAAACUUUCCACGUUUCCGGUUUGGCAAUUUUAGCCUUUUUGAUCGUUCCAAAUUUGGACGCUGUUAAGGCCGUCAUGCUGACCAAUUGUGUAUGCUUGGUACCGGCCAUCUUAGGAUUGCUUUCGAGAUCUUCGUCGGAAAAUAAGCUGCCUUUCAAAUAUGCCAUCGAUGUGAUGGCCAUCAGUGCCCAGGUUACCGGAUUCAUAGGCUGGCCACUGCUUAGUUCCCAAUUUGAGCUGUGGUUCAUCCCACUGUCCAUAUUUUUGAUUUCCUUCCACUGGUGGGAGAACUAUCUGUCUCUGAAAAGUUUUUUCCGACCAAUCGCAAUGUUGGCUACAAUCCGCGAGAAGCUCAGCGACUGUCGGUACUCAAUCUAUUUGUAUGUUGCCCCGCUAAAGAUUCUGAUUUUCAUGAUGAUUGGAUCAGCUUUGUCGCAACUAUCGGUUUGGAGCUUCUUCGAUAUGUUUUCCACAGGCUGGGGCAAUCAUACAAUUCUGGUUCGGGAGAUGGAAGCCAUCCUGAACGACAACUCCCCGAACAUGAGCUCCAUCAUUUCGGAUCGGGAGACGUUCACAAUCUUCCCGACCGAAAACGCCAUCCUGUGGAUCUUCCUGACGCAUGUACUCUGUUCGUACAUCUGCUACAUCUUUAGUAAAUUUUCCUGCAAAAUCAAGAUUCAAAGCUUCUCGAUGGCAUUCCCUAUCAAUCUGGCUGUCCCGGUGGCCGUAACGCUGCUGCUGGUGUUCUGCGGAUUGAGGGAGACUGACGUGUGUGCCUUCACGGCAGUUUUACCGGAUUAUCUAUUUUUCCGCACGCCGCCGAUCUACUAUUUGUCUGAUUAUUUGGUGAAGGAGUUUGCUUGGUUGUGGUUGCUUUGGCUGUUGUCACAAACCUGGAUCACUCGGCAUAUUUGGAUGCCCAAAAGUGAUAGGAAUGCUUGUACAGAGAAGCUGUUCAUAACCCCAAUGUACAAUAGUUUGCUGAUCGAUCAAAGCAUAGCCAUGAAUCGGAGACGGGAGGAUCAAGAGGAGUUCGUGAAGAAAAUUGAAAGCAAGAGAAAACACAUGGAACACGUGAACGAAAUCGACGCCAAAGCCUACGAGCGGCGAAACGACGAGAUACAACCGUGCGAUCGGAUUCCGCAGAUCUUCGUGUGCGCAACGAUGUGGCACGAGACGAAGGAAGAGCUGAUGGAGUUCUUGAAGUCGAUUCUGCGCCUAGACGAGGAUCAAUGUGCCCGGCGGAUGGCAAUGAAGCACAUCCAGACGUCGAAGGAUGACAUCAAUUCGGAUUAUUACGAUCUGGAGACUCACAUUUUCUUCGACGAUGCCUUCGUGAACGACAAAUCCAAAUGUGAAACUGACAACGAUUCACCGCUGAAUUCUUAUGUCAAGUUUUUGAUCCACGGCAUUGAGGAUGCAGCCUUGGAGGUCUACAAAACCAAGAUGCGGAUCUACCCUCCGACCAAGAUCGUUACUCCCUAUGGUGGUAGAUUGAUUUGGACACUUCCGGGUCGAACGAAAAUGAUCUGUCAUCUGAAGGAUAAGAACAAAAUUCGUCACAAGAAGCGGUGGUCCCAGGUUAUGUACAUGUACUAUCUUCUCGGGUACAGAAUCAUGCAGUUGAACACUUCGGCUGAGAGAAAAAUGGUAAUUGCUCAAAAUACCUACCUGUUGGCCCUGGAUGGGGAUAUCGAUUUCCAACCGCAGGCAGUCUCUUUGUUGGUAGAUCGUAUGAAGGUUGAUCCCGACUUGGGAGCUGCCUGUGGACGAAUUCAUCCUGUUGGAACGGGUCCAAUGGUUUGGUAUCAGAUCUUCGAGUACGCUAUCGGUCAUUGGCUGCAGAAAGCUACGGAACACGUCAUUGGAUGCGUUCUUUGCUCGCCGGGUUGUUUUUCGCUGUUCCGAGGUCGAGCACUGAUGGAAAACUCGGUGAUGAAGAAAUACACAACCAAGGCUUGUCAGGCGCGGCAUUACGUCCAGUACGAUCAGGGCGAGGAUCGAUGGCUGUGUACGCUGUUGUUGAAGCAGAAAUUCCGCGUCGAGUAUUCCGCAGCUUCCGAUGCUUACACCCAUGCACCGGAAGGUUUCAACGAGUUCUACAACCAAAGAAGACGUUGGGUUCCCUCGACCAUUGCGAACAUUAUGGACCUGCUCGGCGAUGCUAAACGUGUAGUUAAAACGAACAACAGCAUCUCGAUGCCCUACAUCAUCUAUCAGUUCAUGUUGAUGUUCGGCACAAUCCUUGGCCCUGGAACGAUCUUCCUCAUGAUGGUCGGUGCUCUUGUUGCCGUCUUCCGUAUCGACAUCUGGACAUCUUUCCUAUGGAAUGGGCUUCCCCUUGCCGGGUUCAUGGCCAUUUGCUACUGGAUGAAGCAGAAGUACCAACUGAUGGCCGCCUUCUUCAUCUCAGCCAUCUACUCCUUGGUCAUGAUGGCUGUCCUAGUUGGUAUCAUAAUCCAAGUCAUGGAGGACGGUAUUAUGGCUCCUUCGUCUAUAUUCUUUCUCACGGUCGCCUUGCAAAUCGUCAUCACCGGCAUUCUACACCCACAAGAAAUGGGCGCAUUACCCGCCGGAGUGGUUUACUACAUAACCAUCCCGUCGAUGUACAUGUUGCUGAUGAUCUAUUCGAUGUUCAACAUGAACGAUGUAUCCUGGGGUACCCGGGAGAAUCCUGCGGAACCUGCCAAAAAAGUUGAAGAAGUCGCACCGAAGGGGAAAUUCCAGAAGUUCCUAGGAUAUUUGCGUUCCAACGACCCCGAAGAGGAAGGUUCGGUAAACUUUUCCGUGGCCGGACUGUUCAGCUGCCUGUUCUGUACCCAUCCGAAGUCCAGCGCCGAGAAGCAACAGAUGGUUCAGAUUGCGACUUCGCUGGCCGAUAUCAACACGAAGAUGAAGGAUCUGGAGAUGUGA